CUCUCUCUAUCUCUAUCUUCUCGCUGCCAUUUUCUCUCACUUGUUUCUCUCUCUAUCUCCUUUUGCUUAGAGGUAGGCGUUGAUGAAAUUGUAAUGUCACUGCGCAAGUCCUUUCUCUCUCGAAGGAUCUCCAAUCGGUCUUUCGUUUUUUCUAAAUCCUUCAAACAAAACGAACACGCUUCCAUUCUUGUUAAUGACCUAGAAGAAGACGCUGUUGAUUUGUCGAUCGACCCUGCUCUCGAUUCAGGUUCUAACAAUGCCUCCUGGGCGACGCUACUUCCCGAGUUACUCACAGAGAUCAUCAGGCGACUAGAGUCCACCGAAGACCGCUGGCCGAUCCGGAAGAAUGUCGUCGCUUGCGCUUGUGUAUGCAAGAGGUGGAGGGAGGUCACCAAGGAAAUUGUCAAGUCGCCACUUGAGACUGGCAAGAUCACUUUCCCCUCUUGCCUUAAGCAGCCCGGUCCUCGCGACUUGCCCCUUCAUUGUCUUAUAAAUCGGAACAAGAAGAACUCUACCUUCUACCUUUAUCUUGGUGUAACACCCUCAUUAACAGACAGGGGAAAGUUUCUUUUGGCUGCUAAAAGAUAUAGGAAUGGUGCCCAUACGGAGUACAUCAUAUCGCUUAGUGCUGAUGACAUAUCUCAACGGAGUAAUGCCUAUGUUGGAAAGCUAUGUUCGGAUUUCUUGGGAACCAACUUCACAAUAUACGACAGCCAGCCCCCUCACAGUGGUGCGAAACCAUCUAGUAGCAAAGCUAGCAGACGGUUUGCAAGCAAACAAAUAAGUCCCCAAGUUCCAGCAGCCAAUUUCGAAAUUGGUGACGUUUCUUACAAAUUCAAUCUCCUCAAAUCAAGAGGACCGAGAAGGAUGAUAUCUUCGUUGAAAUGCCCAUCUCAUAGUAAUAAUAAUAAAUUGAAAAAGGCAGAUUCUUUGGACAUGUCUGGAUACAAAACUGUGUUGAAAAACAAAGCUCCAAGAUGGCACGAACAGUUACAAUGCUGGUGUUUGAAUUUCCAUGGAAGAGUGACAGUUGCGUCUGUGAAAAACUUCCAACUGGUAGCAACAAUGGACGAAAGCCAGCCGGGUGGAGAAGGAGAUGAAGAGACUGUUCUUCUGCAGUUUGGUAAGGUUGGAGAAGACGUGUUUACAAUGGAUUAUAGACAACCUUUGUCUCCUUUUCAGGCUUUCGCAAUUUGUCUUACCAGCUUUGGCACCAAAUUGGCUUGUGAGUAAAUUAUUAUGUAUUGUACUAAUUGUAGUAUAUUAUUAUUAUUAGUGUAUUUUGACUUGUAUGAUUUUUAACAUUUGUAUCAGUUUCAUUUGUUAUUGUAUCAGUAGUAGACAUACAGACAGCCUCAGCUUUUCUUUCUUUUCAAUUGUUAUUUGGUGUCAAAUGUACAUGUUACUGUUGUAUUAUAUAUUAUUAGUGCAUUGUUUA